AUGCUGCCGCCGAUGAUUCUGCCGCGCGCGACGCAGCCAGCGGAGCCCGAGGAUGAGCCGGCGGGCCCUUCGGCGCCGCAGCGCGCUGCACGUGCUCCCGCGCAGGGCAAGCGCAAGGGGUGGGUGCCGAGGUCGCAGGCUGACUUUUGCGACGGCGGCGCGUACCCGGAGAUCCACGUCGCUCAGUUCCCGCUGGAGAUGGGGCGCAAGGGCAAGGCGCAGUCGCAGGUGCUCGCUCUCACGACCGACGCGUCGGGCCGCGUUGGCCACGCCGCUGGCAUCGCGUCGGUGGGGCAGCGCGACGGUAAGGUCGUCCACGCGACGCGAGACUCGCUCGCGCCCAAGAAUCUGGGCGAUGAGGAGCUGGCGCGGCCGAGCGAGGACGCCGCCGCGGAGAACACCGAGCGCACGCGAUUGGCACUCGAGGCUCUCGCUGGCGCCAAG